AUUUACCCCUUGCUCUGUGUGCGGCUGCAUCAUAAAGCAGCAAAGACACUGUAGUUAUCAUCCAGCUACUACUGAGACAUGUCGCCCAAGAAAGCAAAGAAGAGAGCGGAGGGAGCCAGCUCCAACGUCUUCUCCAUGUUUGAACAGGCCCAGAUCCAGGAGUUUAAAGAGGCUUUCACCAUCAUGGACCAAAACAGAGACGGCUUCAUUGACAAGAACGACCUGAGGGACACGUUCGCAGCUUUAGGCCGUUUAAAUGUCAAACAGGAGGAGAUUGAUGAUAUGCUGAAAGAGGCACCGGGGCCCGUUAAUUUCACAGUCUUUCUCACUAUGUUUGGAGAGAAGCUAAAGGGCGCUGACCCAGAGGAGACCAUUCUCAACGCUUUCAAAGUCUUUGAUCCUGAGGCAAAAGGAACGUUAAAGAAAGACUAUGUCACAGAGAUGCUGACGACACAGGCGGACAGGUUCUCACCUGAGGAGAUGGAGCAGAUGUUUGCAGCUUUCCCUCCAGAUGUAGCAGGGAACCUCGACUACAAGAACCUGGUCCAUAUCAUCACACACGGUGAAGAAAAAGACCAGGAAUAGAGCUGGAUGAUUCAAUUCUACACAUGAAUAACAAGUGUGGUGUCCCAAUUUGAACACGCAACAGAGCAGAAACAAAGCUAACUAUUUCAGGUUUAAUGAUUUUAUUCUGAAAUGUGUAUGGAUGUAUUAAUUAUAUAUUAAUUAUUAUCAUUAUUAUUAUUAUUAUUACUAUACACAUGUUUUGGUGUAUGUUAUUGCACUAUUAGACUAUGAUGAAAUCCCUGAAAUUAAAGGUUGAUAUGAUGACGGCAAAGGAAAUGUUCAAUGUGUUUUAAUGUGAAAGAAUAAAGGAAAGUAGCAGCAGUGAAA